AUGUUAAUAGCAGAUAAUAAUACAUCAAAUGAAGUGAUAACAUCAAUUCAAGUGUCAUUACCAACAACAACAACAACAUUAUCCAUGAAAGAGAGAAUGCAGAAAUACCUCAGAACAGCAAUAUUGAAAACGAAAACAAUGAAAUCGAAUAAUAUGACAAGUAAUAGUACAAUAUCAAACAAGACUAUUGUUACUCCACCAAAUAAAAUUUUUCGUGAAUAUUUACGUUGUCGUCAUUUGAGUUCACUCAAUGGAUUACCUUCACCAUAUUCAUGUCCAUAUGAAUUUGAAGAAGAUAUUCUUGUUUGUUGGCCAGCAACAUUUAAUGGUACAAUGGCAUCAAGUAUUAUUGAAUAUGAUCAUGGUCAAAAUCAAUUUUAUGAUGGUGUUCGUUAUGGAAUAGAGAAUUGUACUUUGGAACGUUUUUGUCAAAGUAAUGGAACUUGGGCAAUGACUAUUUCACCAGAUAUUCAAUGUAAAUCAUGUGUUGGUGAUGGUCGACCAGUUAAAUUUAAUUCAAUUAGUAUUAUGAUAGAAACAAUGAGUUUAAGUUUAUCUCUUAUAUCAUUAACAAUUGCUAUUUUAUGCAUGAUGAAUGUCAAACGAUUACAUUUACCUCGAAAUCUGCUUCAUAUGCAUCUAUUUGUUGCUUUUAUUUUUCGUUCAAUUGUCAAAUUAGUUUUUAUUCAUCUUAUUAUUGGUGGUUAUACACGUACAAUGAUAUCAUAUACACAAGAUAAAUGUGGAAAUAUAGAAAUACUUUCAAAAUCAUCAAAUUUAUUUCAUGUAAUUGGUUGUCGAAUAUUAUCUUCCUUAUUUUGGUAUACAGAUGCUGUAUCACAAACAUUUAUAUUUUGUGAAGCAAUGUUUUUAUUUACAGCUUUAACUAGUCAUUUAUUUCGUGAUCGUGGUUGUUUACCAUUUGUUUUAUGGGGUUGGUUAAGUCCAUUAUUAUGGUUAACAAUGUGGAUUGUAUCACAUAUAAUAAUAGAUAAAAUAAAACAACGAUCAACAUGUUGGUUAGAAGCAGAUAAUACAACAUAUUUUUAUUAUUUUUUCUAUGUUCCAUAUGCUUUUUAUUUACUUAUUAAUUUUGGAAUAUUUCUUUAUCUUGUUCGACUUCUUUAUUCAAAAUAUCAAUCAUUAAAUGUUCAAACAAAUCGUACAGGAAAUCGACAUUUAAUUAAAUCUAUUCUUAUAUUAAUUCCAUUAUUUGGUCUUCAUUCAUUAUUUGUUAUAUGGGUUUUUUAUCAUAAAAAUCAAGGACAUACAAUUUGGUAUUAUGUAUCAGUUAUAUUCAAAGCUGUUUUUGGUGAUUUACAGGGUUUUUUUACAUCAUUAAUUUAUUUUUAUUUUAAUACUGAAAUACGUUAUGAAGUUCUUCGACAAGUUCAACGAGCAAUUAUAAGUAAUGAAACUGUUCGACGUAGUUCAGCUGGUGAUACAUUAUCAACACGUUUAUCAACAUUUCGUCGAUCAAUAAGUCGACAGCGUCAUCCAUCAAUACCAAAUCGUAAUGAAAGACGUCGUAUGAAUAUUUCAUAUCGAAAUUCAUCAUCAAUAAUAAAAUCUAAACAUGAAACAUGGUGGAGAAAAUGUCUUAUAUCAAUUUGUCCGUGUCUAUUAAUUGAAAAAAAACAUUUUCAAGAAGAAGAACAACAACGACAACAACAACAACAACAAAUUGAACAAAAUCAUUUAAAUGAAAUAAUACCAACUAUAAUACCUGAAUUAAUUGUUGUUGAUGAUAAUCAUUGUGGUGUAUCAUCACCAUUAAUUGUACAAAUACGUUCAACAAAAGGUGCAAUCGAUAAUGAUGGUAUAACAUGUGAUACAGUUUUAAUGAAAAAUGAAAAUGAAGAUUAUGAAUUAUUAACAGAUGAAAAUGAUGUUACUAUUCAACAAUCAUCAUUUCAUCCUGAACAAACAUCAUCAUCAUCACCAAUAAUAAUACAUUUAAAUAAUUUACAACGACAUCGAUCAAAUAGUGAUGGAUAUGUUUUAAAAGUUUUAUCAUCAAGUUAUUUUGCUGAUAAUAAAUCAUUGAAAUAA